UAGACCUCUGACUGUAUCUGGUUAGUCCAUUGUCACCGGCUAAUAAUCUUUCCUUUUGAGUGCACAGAUGCAUGACCCUACACUCCACGCAGCAGCUUUCUUUUGGUAAGGGGGCGUAACGUGAUUCCCAAGGCAACUGUUGCCACCGCACAACACUGGGCGAAUGCAUAGGCAUGUCAUGGUUUAAUCUCUAACUAGCACCAGGACAUUAAUUACCUAUAUUAACAUUUGGAGUUGUGUUAUGAUUUUCUGUCAAUAGAAUAGCAACUUUAAGAAUUAGAUAAAUAGUGCAGGAUUUCAACACUUUGGAAAGUUUCAUUCCACACAACGGCUGGACUUCUCUGGUGGGCAUACAGAACUACAGAAUGAAACUACCAGCCAUCUCUAUACCUUCCACAUCAGUGUGUAUUGCUCAAGAUACAACUCCUGUCCGGCAGAGUCGCAGCCUGGUGGUCACUCCCAUGACAUUUCCCAUCAUCUCAGACUCCGCUCGGCUAUGGACAAGCAAUCAGAGUAUUCCAAGACUGAACCCUUUGCAUCCACCUUUGGUCCAUAAACGCACCGUCAGUCUGGAGACGCCAGCUGUUCACCACCACAACCACCAGAGGACACUUAUCUUGCAAAGGAGAGAGUAUUACAGGUAUCAUCAAGUGUGGCGAAAACCCUUUUAUGGAACCAGCAGUGAGAGAGAAGAGUACAGGAAAGAGCUCCGAGAGCAGUUGAAGAGACAAAUACAGGAGAAAUGUGUAGCACUGAAGCUGCAGCUGGCCAGUAAAGUGAAGGAAGCAGAUUAUUUACGAGAAGUGGACCGCCUUGCCCUGUCCAGUGAAAGAGAGCAAAGGAUCCAGCACAGCAAAGCAAUGACAUCUUACAGAGACGAGAACAAGAGGCUAAUGGAGCAGUCCUGGAGGGACAGAGCACUAACACGCUCUCAGGAGGCCCUGAAGGAGAGAGAGCUACUGUGCCUCAACCCCAUUAACUGGAGUGGAACACUGAAAUAGGUUGAACCUUAACACCCAGAGUAAAAACCUCAGACUCAGGCUGAAACUGAAAAGCAAACCAAAUUAAGCUUCAUCUUUCUUCUGAAUACAUAUGAAUGUUGAUGUAUUUGCAAUCUUGGGGGGGGGGGGGGGGGUUUCCAUGGAAUCUCCUUCCUCAUCAAAAGCUGGUGCCUGCUUUACCCACAAUGUAACUCAACCACAUUUGAGUAUGUUAGGCUAGUAGCAGCUAUUACAGCCAGCCCCCCACCCCAGAUUUGUUUAUUUACAAACUUGUAGUCUUCAGCCCCAAACAUUAAAAAAUAAAAAUCCGGUUUCAUGCAGUUCCCUCUAGAGCUUUAUACAACUUUUUCCACAUAUGAAGUAGUACACCCCCAAGACCUGCAAAAAGAUCAGAAAAAUCAGUGGAGUUACCCUUUAAGGGUUUAUCCAGGUCACCAGUAAUUUAUGAUGCAACAUUUUACACAAUUGUAGAAACAAAUUUUCCACAUGUUGUUUAUGUAAAGAGCAGAGGAAACUUGACAAAAUGAAAUUUAAAAGAAUCUAAUGAAAAACA